CCCGUUCAGAAGUCCCGCCCACCGACUUUCCCCUUCCUCUCCUUCUUUACGGCAAGCUGUCACUUGACGGCCGCCCGCUUCCGAAAAGAGCGGAGGUCCCGGAUGUAGGGGGCGGGCGAGAAAGGGAUCUGUGUGCCCCGCCCGGAUCCGGAAGCUCUUUCCCCCGGGCUCUCCGGGGCAUGUGCAGAGUGCCCGGCUCGCCCCCCCCCCCGCGACGAUGCUUCCUCAGGUCUUCGUGCUCUCCGCCAAGGGCGACCGCCUCCUCUACAAGGACUGUAUCCUCCGCGCGCUCCGGCCAGGCAGGGAAGCAGCGCCCGGCAGCUUCGGGGGGAGGGGAGGGCCGAGGGGCCCCCGGGCGCAGGGGCGGGCUCUGAUUCGGGAGCUCUGAUCCCCCCCUUUUUCCUUGACCCCCCCCCUCAGUCCGCGGCGACGGCGACUCCGAGCUGGUCGACACCUUUUGCCAGAAGAUCGCCGCUCUGCCGGGGGACCAGGCGCCCGUUUUCAUGGUAGAGAAGCGGGCGGGCGGGUGGGGGCUGUGUCGUGCAAGGAGAAGCGGGUCGCCGCUGACUGACACCCCUCUCCUCCUUCAUUCUCUCCAGCAGGCGCGCCAGGGACUCCACUUCGCGCACGUGCGCCACGCCGGGCUGUACUUCGUGGUGACGGUGCUGCCCAACGCCUCUCCUUUCGCAGCUGUCGAGUUCCUCAACCGGUGAGGCUGCUGCCUGCGGUGCAGGAGGUUGGGCAGGGCGGGGCGCUGUGGGGACCCCCCCCCGUUGACACCUGUACUCCCUCCUGCCUCCAGGCUGGUGACUCUCCUGCGGGACUAUUGCGGCUCUCUGAGUGAGAAGACGGUCAGCCUCAACUUUGCGCUCAUCUAUGAGCUCCUGGAUGAGCUCCUGGUAGGUGGGGUGGGGGUGCACCAGGCCCCUUUUGACAGCAAGCCAGCUGCCUCAUGCAAAGAAAUGGCACCUGCCAGGAAGGCCAACCAGUGCAAAAAGCUCCAAUAUCAAACAAGGCCAUGACAAAUUCAUAGCAGAGUUUCCACACAGAACACAGGAUGAAAUCCACCGCGUAAGCGGAAAAAGACACCAGAGGUGCCAACAGGCUCACACCCAGCUUCAAGGAUCAAAAUGUGUGGCACCUCAUCAGGACAGUUGGGUAGGGGGGCACCAUAGUCCCAAGCCAGAAUAGGACCAUUGCAGAGAAGGGUCCAUUCAUGCAAACCAUUUUAAAAGGGCGGAGCCUGGCAUUGGAUCUGGUUCUGUCUGAAGUUGGGGUGAGGAGGCUACCACUUGAACCCCCCCAUGGCCAUUAAUGGCUUUUCAUCUUAAGUGAUUUCCUUUGAUCAAAUCUGUGCAUGGCUAGUAAUCCUGCUGCAUAGAUGCUUCCAGGUGUUUUCUCGCUUGGGGCACAAAGGGGAAGGGUAGGAGGGAACUGGUUGCACCCACAACUCUCCCCUCCCCUCAGGAUUAUGGCUACAUCCAGACAACAGCGCCCGACGUGCUGAAGAACUUCAUCCAGAUGGAGCCAGUGCUCAGCCAGCCCUUCAGUCUUCUUGACCUCAGUACGGUGGGCCUGGUGAGUGGGGCUGGUAGUGCGAGACCCAGAAAUGGGCUCCAUGGGAGUGAAUGGCAACCUGGCAUUGAGGUCACCUAAUGCCUUUUAGCUUCUAAAGACCUGCUCCUCAUGAGAAGCCCCAGCUGCUAGAUGAGGGAGACUUGCUUGCACAGCACAAGGCUGUGUAUGUGGCCAUGUGUUUCUGUCCAAUUGUCAGGAUCCCUUGGGCUGGAUUUGUCAUGCUUGGCCUGAAAAUGCUAAGAAAUGGCUCUGCUCUGGGUGCCUCUCUGCCGCUGCAGCCAAAGCCGCCUCCUGCUAGAUGGGCAAAGUGAGGCUGCAAGGAAAAAGUAGGAAAGAGAGGGUGGUGGGUUCAGUGUUGAAACAAAGCCUAUACAUAACACCUCUUCUAACACAUUGGGUACGCCAGUCCCACUGCUAAUUCCUCAAGCAGUAUUGUCUACACUGACUGCCAGUGAUAAUCUAGAAUUUGGCACAGGGGCUUCUCCCAGCCACUGUCAAAAUGGCUGACAGUGGUUGAAGGAGCUAAGGAUCCAAGGAUCCAGCCCACUGGCUGAAAAAUGGUCCCAACCCCAAUAAACAACGGGCAUUGCGUAAGCGCUCUGGGUAAAGUAUAUUGGUGACCUCUGCUUUUCAAGUAUUUAUUAUGUUACAGUAAAGUUGGGGAGCCAUUGCUCUUUUCCUCUUUGUGUUCUGUAGCAUCUUAUUAUGUGGAUGUUGUGGCAUUCUCCAAGAUCUCACACACCUGUCGCUGAGAGUCAGCAAUAAGCUGCUUUGCUGUUCACAGAGUUGAGGACUCUUUCAGCUUCACAGGACUCAGAUUAACAUCCGUUUCCAAUAAUUAUUAUUUCUUGUGGAUCCAGUUUGGAGCAGAUACACAGCAAAGCAAAGUGGCUCCCAGUUGCGCAGCUGCCCGUCCUGUCCUGUCCCUGCGGGGGGAACAGGUAAGAUGCCCUGUAUCUUGAGUCACUCAGCAAAAGCUCCCCAAAGGUGCUGGCAGGGCUGGAGUUGUGCUGACUGCCAACAAACAUUUAUGAUGCAACAAAUGCCUGUCUCCCACCUGUAAUCUGAAACCACCACUGUCAUAAUGCCAUGGUAUCAGCCUACGAUUCUAUGGCAUUAACACACCCAACACACCAAGUUCAGUUCUGGUUGUUGCACUUAGAAUCCUAGAACUGUAGUUUGAAUGUACCCCACGAUCAUCUAGGUCAACCUCCUGCAAGAUAAAUAUUGCAGAGCUGGGAAACAUUAGGAAAAGAUCAACCAAAAUUAUCAAGCAGGUGGAGCGACUCCCCCGUGAGGAAAGUUGCUGUUUGGGGCUUGGUAGCUCAGAAAAAAAGCCAGAAGUGCAGAGAAAGGGGCUAAGAGGUUUUCUUGCUCUGGUGGUAUCAGAACCCAAAUGGCUCCCAGAAACUGGUGGAAGAUUCAUUCAGGCAAGCAGGGCACCUUCACCCGGCCAGAACCCUCCCCUGGCCCCCAACACAGAGAGCAUGAGAGGGGGACUUGUUGUCAUGCUUUGCCUGCCUGUGGGCUUCGGAGAAGCAUUUGCCUGGUCACUGUGGGAACAGAAUUGCAAAACUGUAGGGUUGGAAGGGAUCCCCAAGGGCCCUACAAUGCAAGAGCCCCAGCAGAGCUGUCCUGUCUCUUCCUCCAGAGUUCGCGGCCAGAGGUCUUCCUGGACGUAGUGGAGCGUCUCACAGUCAUCAUUGCAGCCAACGUAAGUCGAAAGCAGCGCCAGAGAUUCCCUCAGGGAAGAGAUUCCCUUCCCUGAACCCACAGCACUGCCCAGGUGGAGGCCCUGAGCCCUGUGCCUCUUCCCUCCAGGGAACCCCCAUGAAGACUGACAUCCAAGGAGAAAUCCGCCUCAAGAGUUUCUUUCCUGGCUGCUCCGGUGAGUAAAUGCCCUCACAGACAUGUCCUGACCAGGGAGGGCAACCGCCAAUUCGGAUAGCUUCUGCUUGCGCCUCCUUUUCUCUGCCCAUCAUAAAGUAAAGUGCCUGGCUGGUUUUCAGAGGACAAUCCAGGACCUCCUGCUUGUCUGGACACCACUUGCAGGGGCAGGUUUGUCCCAGGGGGCACUGGAGGCUCCUGCAAAGGAUGGUGCAAAGUGACCAAGGAAUCCAUGCCAUGUUUGGGGGGGGGGGUUGUGCCUAGAAAUAGGGAGUUCUGCUGCAGGGAGAUGUGACCCUGGCCCUACUGUGAAGGUUCAUUUCUUGCAGGGAAUAGGGGUUCCUCCCUCCCACUUUCCCACUAGGCAGGCCUUGUGCAAGUUAAAUGUACCCACUGCCCCAUCACCUUUGGCAGGGCGACCUCAUUGCAAAUAAGCUGAAGGAUAAAAACACAGCAGCCGUGAGGAAGAGAAGCGGCUACUGCUUAGAGACACGAGGUAGCGAGGGCUCUCCUCCUCCCUGGGGGGAAAUGCCCCUUGAGGAACCAGGAGAGCUCAUGGAGGCUGUGCCCUUUUCUCCCCUGCAGAGAUGCGGGUUGGCCUCACUGAAGAGUUCUGUGUGGGCAAGACUGAGCUGCGAGGUGAGUGUGCCCCUGCCCGCCACAGAACCUCAGGACCUGCCCCCGCUAAAGCCUCUCUUGCUUUGCCCCUAGGCUAUGGCACCGCAGUGCGCGUGGACGAGUGCUCCUUCCACAGCUCCGUCAAGCUGGACGAAUUUGAGCGCAGCCGCAUCCUCCGCGUGAACCCCAGCCAAGGAGAGGUAAAGGCAAGUGGGCGGGGGGCUGGCCCAUGGGGAUUGGGAGAAGCCCACCUGCUGAGCCCUGCCCUUCUUUGAGCAGCUGACUCUGAUGCAGUACCAGCUGGCAGACGACACCGCUGCGGCCUUGCCCUUCCAUCUUUUCCCCACCAUCAACCACGACCCCAGCGGCCGGUGAGUGGGGCCUGGCUGCCACCUCAAGCAGCCCUCAAAGUGCCCUGGGCAAGGGAGGAGAAGGGGGCGACCCCCAGCCCUGCCUCACCCUGCACCUUUUCCGCCCCUGCAGAGUGCAGAUCUACCUCAAGCUUCGCUGUGACUUGUCACCAAAAAGGUAGAGUCCUUCCCUGUAGUUCAAGGGGGGGGGGGCAAACUAGGAAGGGGGCACCCACUUCACCCUGUUCUGCCCCACUUACGGAUCCCAUCUCUUUCAGCCACGCAGUGAACAUCCACCUCCACCUGCCUGUGCCUAAGGCCACUCUAAGGUAAGGUGAGGGGGGCGGCUGCUGCAAGGCCACUUCCAACAUGGCAGGUGUUCUUGUGCCCCUGCUUGGUGCUCCCCUCCCCCUCUCACGGCUGUUCCCCCACCCCCAGCCUCUCCCAGGAGCUGAGCAGUCCAGAGCAGUCCGCCACCUUCCAGCCCUCCACAAAGUCCAUCGAGUGGGUCAUUCCCAGAGUCCAAGGUGGCUCCCAGCUCUCAGCCCUUUUCAAGGUAAGGGGUUAACUGAUGGCCGCAGCAGUUGGUGCAGCAAUGGAGGGAAGCCCCACAAUGGUGGCCCUCCAGCUGCUGCUCCAUCUCUGCUGCCACACUCACCCGCCCCAUCAUGUGCGUCUGUUUUGCAGCUGGAGGUGCCAGGGCUGAGCCGGGCGCGGCUGCUGGAGCUGGGUCCCGCCAACCUCUCCUUUGAGGUGCCAGCACACACGUCUUCUGGUCUGCAGAUCCGCUUCCUGCGCUUUGUGGGGCCGCACCCAAGCCUCCCUCACCGCUGGGUGCGCUACGUGACCCACAGCGAUUCCUACGUCAUCCGCCUCAGCGCAGGGUAGAUGCAUUAGGGCCCAACCGUGCAACAUCCCUCGCCGGCCCCCGUCAAAGCAGCCUCUUUGCAGACACCAGAAGUUUUCCAUAAACAGUUUUAUUUCUCAGCCAACAGCUCCACAAAACCCAAUAAAAAAGGAACAGCAGAACAGAAAUAGCAGAAUGGAAAGUGUCCCACAAGUGAGAGGAGCUGAGGCAAAACCUCAAAUGCUACACAACAAAAACUGUCCCUGAGAAAUGAGGGCAAGGAGAGCCCCCCAAGGCACCAAAACCAGAUCGUCGAUUAGACAAACAGCACUGUCAACAAGCAACUGAAGCCUCCAACCCCAGGAGGGGCAGCGCAGCAUAGAGCCCCCUGAGAAACUGCGAGGGGGGGAGCCUACCUCAGGAAUCCUGCGGGAAGAGGGAAGGCAGGUGUUAAGGGGAGCCAUCUUGCUCUGCCCCACUCAUCUCUCCUUUAAGAAGCCAUUAGAUAAGAUCCUGCAGGCAAGGAGAGGCCUCAGCUCUGACUCCUGCGGACAAAAGCCAGGUGGGCCAGCUACCCAUUCACUGCCUGCUGCACAAAGUGGAGUCACUCCAGCAAAGCCAAACGCAGCCCUUCCUCCCGCCCCCAAGAGGGAAACCAGAAAGUAGCUGAGGGGGUGCAAGGAGGAGCAGGUGCUGCAGGUCAGGCUGGCUGGGGCUCUCAGGGGACCUGGGGGCAGGCAGCUCUCCCCCCCCCCCAUUGCCAGGGGCUUCUUUUCACCUUGCCCAAGGCGACCUCCUCCUCACUGGUCUCUGGCUCUUCCACCACCGCCUCUCCCACUUCCAUCAGGGUCAGCCUGUGAGGCAAAAACAGAGGCAUGUCUUGGCACAGCAAAGGGACGUUUGCUGCCUGGCCAUGUUGGGGGGAUUAAAGCUUAUUCUGGGGGUGGGAGAGGCAGUCUGGAUGGCUCCAACCUGGUGCCUGCCCUGUCUCUGCCUUUCCACAGCUGCCCUGCAAAGACCGUCUGGUCACAGGAAUCUCUCCCUGGAUGCACAGACGCCAAGCAUCUUGGCUUUAUUGUAAUAAUGAUUAUUCAUAUUCAUGAAUAUAACCACAAACCCAUAAAACAGCGUAUAC